AUGACCUUGAUUAAAUGUUUAAAAUAGCGUAUCGGUUGGUUGUUGUUUACAGAGAUUUCAUAAUUUAAAUUUCGUUAGAGGGUCGUAGAAAAAAUACACAGUACAACUCGAGUGGAUUGUACAUAUCCACUGUACUAUUGUCUGUGUAUCUAUAUAAAAUAUUAAAUAAAUAGGUACUCUUAAUAAUCUUAAGUACAACGUUAUUUUAAAACAAUUAACAAUAACGUAAUAUCUUAUCUGUUUGAAUUAGAUAAUAAUAUAUCCAGUUUUCAUUUUUGUUGCAAGUACGGUUCAACAGAAAGUGAACGAAAUUUAUUUUUAGCUGAUUAAUUGGACACAUCAACCAACUAAACAUGCUUUACCAAAAUAAUGGUGGAAACAAAAUUCCAGUGUUAGGACUUGGAACUUUUCUGAGUAAUGAUGAAGAAAUUCUUACCAACGUUCUAAACGAAGCGUUCAAACUAGGCUACCGUCACAUUGACACAGCUACAGUAUACAAGAAUGAACACGUUGUCGGUAAAGUCAUAAAAGAAUGGCUAUUAUCUGGACAAGUAAAUAGAGAAGACUUAUUUAUUACCACCAAACUUGCUCCUAGUAGUCUGUACGAAGAUCGAGUAGAAGAAGCUUUGAAGACAUCUUUGGAAAAUCUUCAACUAGAUUACGUUGAUCUGUGGUUGAUUCAUAUGCCCGUUGCUAUGAAAAUUGUUGAUGGAAAACCUGUUCCGCAGCCGACUGAUUUCAUUUCAGUUUGGAAGAAAAUGGAAGAGCAAGUAGAAGCAGGAAGAGCCAAGACCAUAGGAGUGUCCAAUUUUAGUAUAUCACAAAUUCAAAGGAUUCAGAAAAUUGCUAAAAUUCAACCGGCCAAUCUUCAAGUGGAAGUUAACGUGUUCUUUCAAAAUCGCGAAUUGGUGAAAUUCGCUCUCAGUCAGAACAUCGUUGUUGUAGCUUACGGACCAUUGGGUAAUCCAGGAAUGGCAACUAGGAGAGAAGGGUUACCAAGCUUAUUUGAAAAUGAAGUAGUUAAAAAGAUCUCUAAAAAACAUAGCAAAACUGCUGCUCAAGUGGCAUUUAGAUUUUUGAUUCAAAAAAAUCUCGUUACCAUUCCAAAAUGUUCGAGUGCAGAGAGAUUGAAAGAAAAUAUUAACAUUUUUGAUUUCGAAUUGGACCAGGAAGAUAUCAAAUCCCUGGAAGGUUUGGACAGAGGUGAUGAAGCAAGGGUGUUCGACAUGAGCUUUAUUCCAGGCCUAGUGGAUCAUCCCGAAUAUCCGUACAAAAAAUAAGAUAUAUUUUAAAUAAAUUUGUUAAACUAAUUUAAGUAGUUUUUUUUUGUAAUUCGACGUUUU